AAACAAUCAUAAAAAUUCGUCAGUAUAUUUUGGGCUCGUCUCAUCGGGACAAGAUUUUGUCGGAAAAAUCGCACGAUACACACGCCGCGCUUUGUUUCCACGUAAAAUCAUUCUUAGAGACAACAACCUAUUUAGAUUAGAGAUAUUUCGUCAAAAUUGUGUUAGUAGCCGGGUUUAUCAGAACCUGAUUUUUUGCUUCAUAAAUAAAAAAAAAUACGACGUCGUCGUUGUUAUUUAUUAGUAUUCAAGGUCGCGUGUGUUUUAUAAUCGAGAGUGUUUUUUCGUCGUUCAUUCGUUCAUCGUCCGGACAACGUGAAAGAAGAAAAUUCCUCGAAAAAUGGCACUUUUGUUGAGAAAUAUCACGAAAGAAUUGAAGCAUGGCUUGACUCGUCAUUACGCGAGUAGCAGCGUUCCCACGACGAAAAUGUUCGUCGAUGGCAAGUUUGUCGAGUCAAAGACGAGCGAUUGGAUCGAUUUGCAUGAUCCGGCGACGAAUGACGUCGUUACCCGGGUGCCCAAAUGCACGCAAGACGAGAUGCAAUCCGCUGUCGACGCCGCAAAACGUGCCUUCAAGACAUGGGGACAGAGCUCCAUCGUUACACGUCAGCAACUGAUGUUCAAGUUACAGCAGAUCAUCAAGGCGAAUAUGGGUGAAUUGGCGAAAAAUAUUACAAAGGAACAAGGUAAAACUCACAUUGAUGCUGAGGGCGACGUUUUGCGUGGAUUACAAGUCGUCGAGCAUUGCUGCGGUAUCAGUUUCUUGCAACAAGGCGAAACGAUGCCCAAUGUCGCUAAAGAUAUGGAUACCUAUUCGUACACUUUGCCAUUGGGCGUCACAGCUGGCAUUGCUCCCUUCAAUUUCCCCGCGAUGAUUCCUCUCUGGAUGUUCCCCGUUGCCAUUUCUUGCGGCAAUACGAUGGUUUUGAAGCCUUCCGAACGCGUUCCGGGCGCUACAAUGAUGCUCAUGGAAAUGUUGAACGAAGCUGGAUGUCCUCCGGGUGUCGUCAAUGUCAUUCAUGGAGCGCACGACGCCGUGAAUUUCAUUUGUGACAAUCCGGCGAUCAAAGCGGUGUCGUUUGUUGGCUCAGAUCAAGCUGGAAAAUACAUUUACGAACGUGCAGGACGUAACGGAAAACGUGUGCAGUCCAAUAUGGGAGCGAAAAAUCACGGCGUUAUCGUCAGCGACGCGAAUAAAGAGUCAACUUUGAAUCAACUUGCAGGCGCCGCAUUCGGAGCAGCUGGGCAACGUUGCAUGGCAUUGUCUACUGCCGUUUUUGUUGGCGACGCGAAGAACUGGAUCCCAGAAUUGGCAGAAAAAGCGAAAAAUUUGAAAGUUAACGCAGGACAUGUCGCAGGAACUGACGUUGGGCCCGUCAUUUCGCCUCAAUCCAAGGAGCGAAUUCAUCGUUUGAUCGAGUCGGGAGUCAAGGAAGGCGCCAAACUCGUCUUGGAUGGUCGAAAUGUCAAAGUGCCCGGAUACGAAAAGGGAAAUUUCGUUGGUCCAACCAUCUUAACUGACGUCAAACCCCACAUGGAAUGCUACAAAGAGGAAAUUUUCGGUCCUGUCUUGAUUUGCUUGACUGUCGAUACGCUCGACGAAGCCAUCGAACUCAUCAACAACAACCCCUAUGGCAAUGGAACGGCAAUUUUCACGACAAACGGCGCCGUUGCCCGCAAAUUCACGAACGAAAUCGACGUUGGACAAGUCGGAAUCAACGUUCCAAUUCCCGUGCCCUUGCCAAUGUUCAGUUUCACGGGCUCCCGAGGCAGUUUCAUGGGCGAUUGUCACUUCUACGGCAGACAAGGCGUCAAAUUCUACACGCAAACGAAAACGGUGACAUCUUUGUGGCGUCCCGAAACUGAAGUUGAGAAACUCAAGGCUUCCAUGCCAACCAUGAAGUAAAAAAAAUCGAGAAAAUUAUAAACCGUCUUCCAAUUAAUUCGAGAAAUUUUCUAUUUUUAAACCUAAAAUACGUACAAAAACAAUGAAAAUGUAAAUUAAUGUAACCCGUA